AAAGGAAAGGGAAAGUCAUUUGUGAUCGCUGGGUUUUUACACUGAUUGAGUAGAGAGAAAGAAACGACGAGACUUCGACGACAACCUAAAAAUGUCUCUUCUUCACUUCACUUUCUUCACCGCCAUCUUUGUCUUUGCGUUCUCCUUUCCUUUUCAGCCUGGUGCAGCAAAUGAACCUCAUGAUCAGAGGCUUAAAUACUUAUCGUCGCGAUUCGAAGCCGCUCUCGAAACGCUACAGAAGCAAAUCGGCUACAAUUUCAAGAGCAUUGAUAUGCUUCGUCGUGCAAUGACCCACCCUUCAUUCUCCGAAGAGAAUAAUCGGGCAUUAAGCAUUUUGGGCUCCUAUGUCAUUGAAACAUCAGUGUCCCUUCAUUUCCUUCGUAAAGACAUUGAUAUUUCACCAAAAGAUCUGAACCGCCGUAUUUCAGAUAUUUCCAAUGUGGAAACUUCAUGUGCAGAUGAUGGGUUGCGAUUGGGGUUACAUAAAGUGAUUAGAGUUUCUUCCAGGACUAAUUCUUCGAUUCCUGGAGUUGUUUGUGGUGCUUACCGAGCAAUCUUUGGUGCUAUUGCUAUUGAUACUAAGAAAUCUGAUGAUGCUGGAGAUGUUUUCUGGAAGGUUCAUGGUGGCGAGGUUGGAAAAGCUUUUGCUUUCUAAGUUUAUAUUUCUGUCAUCUGCUGUUUGAAGAAGUUAUGCUGUACAAUAUGGUGGCUUUUGUUUAGUGGCAAGUACUGGUAAUGCCUAGCUAUAUUUUCCUAAAAUAAUAUGACCGAUGAUGCUGUAAAGUUUGGUUAAUUAUACUGGCUAGAUGCAGUUUGCUAA